ACAACAUGAUGGAACUGGGCUGCAGAAAAAUAGCAACAGAACACAGGCAACUGUUUGGUUUAUUACUGGUUUCUUACGGGGUUUGUGCUGCGUUUCCUCAAUAGUCAGGGAUAUAAACAGAUUCUUAUCCACCGUCCGAUACCAACAGACAGGACCUGAAUGCAUUAUGCAGCAGAACAAGAAAUCCUGGAAGUGAAGGUCUCCUCAGAGCCCCGACCUCAACAGCAACACAAUCAUUUCAUGAGGUUAUCGUGUGUGGAUCAGUUUUCUAAUGCAUGUUUACACAUCAAGACUGUAACAUGUGGUAGGACAAAGUAUCAGACCCAGUAAUAAACGCUUAUUACACACCUAUUUACACACCAAUAUGACCUUUGUUAGGAGGUAAAUUCAAAAGUAACCUUUAAACCAGUGUGAGUUAACUGGACAUUUCCUCUUUAUUUGUCCUUAGAAAGCUCUUCCCAAUGCAAAGCACAUGAAAACCACCAGAUGGCAUAUGUUUCGGGAACGCCAAAAAGCAGCCAGACGCAGUGCGUGUCAUGCAGACAGAUGGCGCAAUUGCUGCAAAAUGCUGACUCGUGCAAUUUUGCUAAAACCUAUUUUUUCAUAAACAAACAGCAGAGAACAGGGCCUGGCCCCAUUCUGUCUGCAGCUACAGACCGUGGUGCAUACACCUGGCUGUGCAGGACGAAGACACAGUCUGCAGCUUCUUGUCCAAGUCUGAGUCACAUUCCUGAUCAAUGAAGCUUAGCCCAAAAGUUUUUAAUACCAUGGAAUGGUAUGAAGCCUAGACUGCAGGGAGAGACGUGUAGUCUGGGUGGGAGGGAUAUUUCUAAAUGAAAAGGUAGAGAUGAUCCUGCAUUGAUUUCCUGCUCGUUGGGUGUAUUCUGGACAUGUACUGACACACAGUCAGGAAAAGGUAAAAAAAAUAAAAAACACACACGGGUUCCUGACUGCCUAUUGGUCCACAUUUUCCCUGUGCUGCCACAAUACUGCACACACGUGACCUCCCUGUUUUCAACCCAGUUGAACGCAUGUAUUAAAAGACAGGCCUAUGCUGUUGACCAGCACAGGCAGCAACAACACAGUAUUCAUGUGAGGAAGGCACGAUCCCUGCUGCUGCUGCUGCUGCUGCUGGAGUCGGAUCACCCUCUGGAAAGUGGACCAUGGCGACUGCCACGAGCAGCAGCAACUCAUCCACCGCCACGCUUCAGAUGAAGCACCCGAGUAUGGAGCAUACGCGGAAGCGCAUCGACCCACGGAGGAGGCAAGCAGCGCUGUCUUUCCUCAGCAACAUUUCUCUGGACGGCCGUCCCGUGCAGGGCGACGCAGAGGAGCAGAGUGAAGGAGGAGAUGGCUCUCUGGAGCCCAGGACUAGACACAGUUUCGUGCCCCCGGAGCGCUCGUCGUGCGGGUCUGCCUCCGCCGCCACUGCUGCUGCAGCAGCGGCGGCCGCCGCCACCACUGCAGCACAGGCGCUCGCCUUGGCGAACCAGGCUCUGCUGGGUGGCAGUCGGGGCAGCUUUGGGACGGUUCCCUCAGCAGCCCCGUCCGCUGCGGACGUGGAGGUGGACGCAUUCACGGCUUCGACAGUCAGCGCUCCUUUCUCCGCGGUGCCUCCCUCGACCAGAGGCAGACUGCAGACCUACACUCAGGGAAUCAUUCCUGCCUCCUAUUCCAGACAGUCCUCCCAAAACUACUGCCUGGAGGGUGGACAGAUAGCCAACUCUGCCGUGGAGCUGCAGAGGUCAAGACGAAGACUCAUCUCACAGCGGUCUUCGCUGGAAACACUAGAGGAUAUUGAGGAAAAUGCUCCUUUACGCAGAUGCCGGACCCUAUCUGGUUCCCCCCGACCAAAGAGCUUCAAGAAAGUCCACUUCAUAAAGAAUAUAAGGCAACAUGAUAUGCGCAACGGAAGGAUAGUCCUUAUCAGUGGCAGAAGAUCCUUCUAUAGUGUAUUUUCUGUCCUGCCCUAUCGAGAUUGUAGCCAAACAGGGGAUGUAAAGCUGGAAGGUGGGCGACAGCGACACCCGUCGGGCAGCAUCAGUGCCAAGGAGAUGGUGAUCGGACUGGAGGGAGUGGAGUUAGGAGCAGAUGGAAAGACUGUGUCCUACACCCAGUUCUUGUACCCCACCAAUGUUCUGGGUGGUCGGAGAAACACCAUCGACUCCACCUCCUCCUUCUCCCAGUCCCGUAACGCCAGCCAUCGCAGCCUCAGCCUGGGCCGGGCCAACAGCAACCAGAGCAGCAUGGACACAGGGAAUGACUUUGGGGAGCUCCGGGAGUACGACCCUAAUCUGCUGGAUGAUCCUCAGUGGCCCUGUGGAAAACACAAGAGAGUCCUCAUCUUCCCCUCGUAUAUGACGACGGUCAUUGAAUACGUCAAGCCAUCCGACCUGAAGAAGGACAUGAACGAAACCUUCAAGGAGAAAUUCCCCCACAUAAGACUGACACUGAGCAAGAUAAGAAGCUUGAAAAGGGAGAUAAGAAAACUGGCUCAGGAUGAAUGUGGUUACGAGGAGCCCACAGUGGCCAUGGCUUUUGUCUACUUUGAAAAACUUGUUCUUCAAGGCAAACUGAACAAACAGAAUCGUAAACUCUGCGCUGGAGCCUGUGUCCUUCUGGCAGCAAAGAUUGGUGGUGAUCUGAAGAAACAUGAAGUCAAGCUGCUGAUCGAUAAACUGGAGGAAAGGUUCAGAGUCAAUCGCCGAGAGCUGAUCGCCUUCGAGUUCCCUGUCCUGGUCGCACUGGAGUUCAACCUGCACCUGCCUGAACACGAGAUCAUGCCCCACUACAGACGCCUGCUGCAGGCCUCCUAGCAUUAGUGACCCAUCAGGGGGUCGGCCAGCUGGUUCUCCUCCUGAUUUAACCUUCAUCCUCUCACCUCUGUCCCUGUCACCAGCUGACAGCUUGAAGGUACCACUGGUUGUGACUCAGCUGCAGCCAGACAUCAUGAACAACAACCUCCUUCCUCUCAGAGACAAGGAAUCAGCCAAAGGGACUCACAUUUUCACAGACUCAACACCAUAUUUUUUGCUUUUCAUAAUCACUACAAGGACGCGACAGAAAGGGUUCAUCAUCUCUAUAUCUUUGUAUAUUUUCAUUCCAUCGUCGUAUUUUAAUCUUGACUGUUUUUUUUACCUAACAUGAGAUUUUUUUCUUAUUCCUUAUGACAUCUCUCAUCAUUCGUUUCCUUUGUAUAAACUGUGGAAUGAUGGGUUGCCUCCAGACCAGGAUACAGUUUAAACAAAAGCCUUUGAAAAGGCCGGUUUCUGCCUGGACUGUUCUUCAUCUUUUCUACGUCAUCAGCAUCAAAGUGCACUUUUUCUAAAUACUGUGGGACGUGGGUUGACCGUGAACAAUUUUGUUAUGACUAUUAAUACACUUGGGAACUCAAAAACUUAAAAAAAAAAAAGUCACUUGGAUGUACCUCUGAUUCAUUUUCUAAAGUUUUCUGUAAUUUUCUAGCCACAGCGGUCGGCAUGAUUGUUUUUACACAGGUUCUUGCAGGAAAGACCUGGACGUUCCUCUGUUCACUGAAGUAUUCCUUUUAUUUUCUACCAGUUUAAUGCUUGCCAUGGAUUCCUGCAGACCAGACCCACUUUGUAUCAGUGUUGAAUUUCUUGUGCUCUAUGUUAGAGUGUAUUGCUGGCACAUUUACAGUGCUAUGAUAGGCAUUACAAUUUGUCCAUGACAAAUACGCCAUCAACCAGGGGUGAGAGUGAACAACAAGGGGCUGUGGUUGUAGGGAGAGAUUGAGCCUUAUCUGGUGGAUGUGCUUCAAAACCCUGUGCCAUAAAUAUUUACCUGCUGAAGUGUCCUUAAUCAAAACAUAAAGUCCACAGGAGGACAUUGGUCUUCAACUGAUGCUGAACAUUGAGGACAAUUGUAAUGUUUAAGGAAAAAAAAAAAAAAUUCAACGUGAAUCAGUAUUUGAUUUGAUAUUUUAAAAAAUAAGCGAGGGGGUUUUGCUGGAAAAAGCUGUGCCAAUGUGACCAACUGAUAACAUGGCGUUGUUAUAAUAUUCCUUUUAUUUUUGGCAUGAAUUCCUUUUUAUAUAACUAAAACAAUACCAAGUAGUGAGAAGCAAUCAAAUUAACAUGAAACAAGUCUACCUAAACACUGAAUUAUUUAUUUACUAGUCUUUGAUUUGAACUUGAUUUGGUCCGGACCAAAUGUUGUGAUCAGAAAUGACAAGAAUGACACUACGCUUUUGUUGUGAUUUCAUGAAAACCCAAAGAUUUAGCUGUUCCUUUGGAUUCUCUGUUAGGAAACACUGAUGGGCCACACUUACUACCUGUGUAUGAUUGUAAAUAAACAGCUUGGCUUGUUCAAUCAA